UGAUCUCGCGUGUUUCUGCUCUCGGCGGCUUGUUUUCAUCCUCUCAGCCUCUCAGUCUUCACUCACAGCAGCUUGAUGUGUCAGCAGCAAGCUGGUGGGCGACGAGGAGGAGGAGGAAGAAGAAGAAGAGGAAGACUGGUGCGCAUGUUGUUGAAAAAUGGACUGCGCACUUUUCACAUAUCGACGCAUUUAACAGCAUCCUCCUCUUCCUCCUCCUGAUAAAGAUGCUCCAUGUUGUUGCUGCAGCGACCAGCAGGACCUUGGUGCCAUGCAUCGUGGUGCUUUUGCAUUUUUACUCAGCUGUCCAGCCUCUUCGUCCUCUAAAGGAUUUGGACCAGCAGCAGCAUCGCAGGCCAGCAUGCAAGCAUCCCAGGACGUUUUUAUAACGAAUCAUAUUUAGUAGAUUUUUGGCACAUUAAAAGACUCGGCCAUGGGUGAUGAGGGCAGCCUGUCUCGGCAGAUUGGGAGUGUGGAGAGGAGCGUGGUGUUCCUCAGGCAGGAGCACCUCACUUUACUCCACGGCCUCCACCUGGAGAUCCUCUCCCUGCAGAAACGAUGCUCAGAGCUGACAAGUGAUUUAAAGGUGAAGCCUCCAGGCAGAAGCCAAAUAGAGUUACAGGAGGAAGAGGAGCUCCUGGAGAACCGCUGUUGGGACGUGGAGAGCCGUCUGACCGACCAGGAGUGCACCUUAGGAGAGCUUCGUAUGGAGCUGAGUCACAAAGGCGCUUUGGUGGGAGCCCUCAGAGCCAAUCUCAAGGAGAAGGAGCGCCAUUUCCUGGAGGAGCUCAAACGACGCAGCCACUGUUCCACCAUCCUUAACACGGAGCUGCAGAAACAAACGGAGGCGGCGGCGUACCUCUCCUUCCAGCUGCACGCCGCCAGGCAGAAACUGCACCACCAGCGGAUGCAGCAGCGGCACGGACUCCUCGCCCGAGCCAACAAUCAGGGGGCCCAGUAUGGUGCCGAGCAGAACUCUGUCUCUCCACAGAUGCCGUCAGGAGCCUCCCCUUCCUCUCCUGUGGUUAAACCCAAGCGUAAGAGCGUCAGGGCGUCUUUGAGAGUGGAGCGUGCCCGGGAGUGCGUGCCCAUAGAGAAAGUGACGGGCCCCGCAGAGCCCACGGCGAUGCCGGACCCUGCGCUCUUCCUCCACCCUCGACGGCACAGGGCUCGCUCCAGGCACGCUGUGGCACAGAGACAGCCUCUGCUGGGCCUGGAGAAGGAGGAUGAGGAGGAAGGAGGUGGAGAGGGGCCCCAGGGUGAAGCUGCCAGACUGAUGUCUGCAGCUGCAGCGCCUCCUGCUGCUGAGGCGAAGGCAGAUUAGCAACUACUGUGACCUGCACUUCAUUAUCUUCUGUCGGACUGUUAAAUGCUGUCAACUGUUGUUCUGCACCUUGACUACUGAGACUGGUUUUAGCUAUUGAAUUAUAUCACACUUAUUGUAGACACUUUUUAAUAUGGACUUUGAUAUAACCUUAAAUAACUUGCAAAAGUCAGUCUUGAAGUUAGAUGAAUUAUCUGUUUACACUGGUGUCACAUGUUCAGUAUACUGUGGGGCCUUAUUUCAAAGCAACCCCCUUUUUGAUCUAUAAAGAGUACGGUCUAGUAUGAAAAGUGCCCUAAGAUAACUUCUGUUAUGAUCUGGCGGCGCUAUAUAAAUGAAAUUGGAAAUUGAAAUAUGGGGAUGGUGAAUGGUAGCAGCCAUUUUAGGCAGACUACAAGCCGAUGGGUUGUGUAGCCUGACCAACUGUGAGCUUUCAAGGCCAACCAUAAAUCAACCAUGUGACCAAACGUUUGUGUGGCCCCCGACUGAGUAACAGCUGAGAAUAUCUGAAGUGGUAUGCACGUCUGCGUGAGUCCAAAUGUUGAUUGGAAGGACGUCUGUUAUCGUUGCUUUGAAAACAAUAUACAAACACGUCUGAAUUUUAACCCAUGACAGCUGCACAUCUGUUUCAGUAGAUCCAUUUUAUCUGUAUUACACCUAUUUAUACCUUAAACACAGUAAAUAUUCCUAUCUGA